AUGGGUCAAUAUGUUGACAAUAGGUGGGAUUGGAAGAUACAAUGGAGGAGAAAUUUCUUUGAGCAUGAAAUCGAUAUGGUGGCAGCUUUCAUGGAUGAGAUUGAUAGGGUUCAGAUUCACCUUUCUAGCUUGGAUUACCUCACUUGGAGGGCUGAUCCUACUGGGUCUUAUUCCACAAAGUCAGCAUACAACCUCUUGAUGGAUGAUGGCAGUUCUGAUAAUGAAGACAGUGCUUCCAGGAUUAUGUGGAAUCUGAAAAUUCCUCCAAGAGCAAGUGCCUUCUCUUGGAGAAUUUUCAAAAAUAGAUUGCCUACUAAGGCUAAUAUGAGAAGGAGGCAGGUGGAUCUACCUUCUUAUAGAUGCCCUUUAUGUGAUGUUGAGGAGGAAAGUGUUGGUCACGUCAUGUUCUCUUGCACAAGAAAUAGGAGUCUUUGGUGGGAGGUUUUGAGAUGGGUUAGUAGAGUGGGCCCUUUCCCCAUUGACCCUAAAAAUCAUUUCAUACAAUUCUCUCAUUGGAACAGCAAAAGCUAUAUAGACAAGAGAUGGGCAGUGCUUUGGAUAGCUUUAUCCAUGACUAUUUGGAAGCAUAUAAAUUCAGUGGUUUUUAAUAACCAGAUUUUCAACCCCGAAAAAGUCAUGGAUGAAGCUUUAUUCAACACUUGGUCAUGGUUAAAAUGUAUGGACAAAGAUUUCCAUAUUCAUUUCAACCAAUGGUCUACUAGCUUGAGGGAGGAGCUGUCUUAG